AUGAGUAAGCCUAUUAAUGUUUAUUCGAUACCUGAAUUGCGUCAAACCUUGGAUGAGGCCCUGCCUGCCACAUUUGCCAGAUUGAAGUACAAGCAGUCGUUCCAAUUAAUUGAUGCCAAGCUGGUCCUGGGUUAUUCGAUGGCUGCCAUUGCAGCUGGCAGUUUUUUGCUGGACAAGAAGUUUAAGUAUAGUCAAGUAGUGGGUUACCAAAAGGCUUUACUGGUCAUUUACGGUGGGCUAUCGGUGUUGUACUGGUACUUCACCAAAUACAUAGAGAAAUCAACAGUUUAUGAAGGAAGGAGUCCAGCUGGUGAGAAGGUCUCUGUGAAAACUCGCUUUGAAAAGAAGGAACCAAUUUAUCUGGUGGAUUUUCGCCUGGAUGAUAAGACAGAAGUGAGUGUUGGGCUUCCAGCCACUGAAGUGUUUAAUGAAGCCGGAUAUUUACAAAAUGAGUUACUAUUCCAGUGGCUAGAGAGGCAAUUAAAGGUCUUGAGCUCAAAGAAAUCUCAGUAA